UAUUACAUAACGAAUGGUAUUAAAAUAAAUAGAGAACGAUAAUUAAUAAGAAUAAUAAUAAUAAUAAUCAGAUAUACACAUAUAUAAGCAAUUGUUGUAUAGGACUUGUUUUAGACGAACCGAACCUCAACACCGCUCGAGCUUUCUCCCUGCGAUAUCGAGUUGUUUUCUCAGGAAAUUUGUCUGGUUUUUCUUUAGAGAUUGAUUAUCUGCCUCUUAUUAUUCGAUUGUGAGAUCGUAAUCCUUGGUUUUCUUUUAAAUUUUCCCUCUGCGAUUCAAGACGCUACGGAAGCGGUUGAAUUUUAUUUUUGCUCCUCCUUUCGUGACCUCGUUAGGGUUUCGCGUCGGAAUUUAGGGUUUUUAUCUAAAUUCACGAGGGUAUUGUAUAUCGGAGAGCCAUCGCCGUUUCGAAAUCGAAGUGUAGGUACUAGGAACCUUCGGAAUUUGUUUCCUACUUUCCUGGGCCUUGCUUUCGGUGUCCGAUGCGAAAUUAGGGUUUGGUUUGGGAGUGUGGAUUCGUCGAGUUGAAUGGUUUGAAGGAUGAUAAUCAAACGGACUAUGAAACUCGAAAUGACGAAUCUGAAGCGGUGCAAGCUCGAAGAUUCUGAUUGGGAAGAAGAAGAAGACUGCGGCUAUGCGCAUUCGGUGAAUCCCAAGAAAAGGAAACCCAACGGGUAUCACUCAGCCGGUAACAGUGGGGUUGAAGGUUUCAGCAAUGGCUCAGGUUAUUCUUGGUGGGACGGAGAGUUCGAGUCGAAUUCGAAGCAAUUGAAUGGGAAAAGAACGUUGAAACGAAGCACGGAGCGGUUUCGGCCGCCGCUGUUGAAAUCGUCGCGAGGGCGGAUUCAGAUGCUGCCUACGAGGUUGUAUGACUCCGUUGUUGAAAUAUGGAGGACCGAGAACUCGAAGUUCGACAAGGAUUCGAGCUUAGAAGGUGACGCAAUGGAAGUAGAAGAUAUGGGAUUUGAUAAAAAGAGCGAGGAGGAUAAGUCUCGGUUCAAGAACUCGAGUAGUUCUACGGGAGAAGUAGCUUGUGUGGGUUAUAAGAAUUUUGAUUAUAGGAACUAUUUGAAUUCGAGUAGUUCCAAGGCGAACACAUUUGGAGUGAAUUCUUCGGCAUUGAUAGAUAGUGAAGGUUAUAAAUCCAGGUUUAGUUCUAUCGGAAUUGAGCGAAUGGCGAAAGAGAAUAGUCAUAAGAAGAAGGAAGUUUAUAAGCCAGAGGACUUUGCUUUGGGUGAUAUAGUCUGGGCAAAAUGUGGGAGGAGAUACCCGGCUUGGCCGGCCAUAGUGAUCGAUCCCAUAUUGCAAGCUCCAGAAACGGUCCUGAGUUGUUGUGUUCCCGGCGCUAUAUGUGUGAUGUUUUACGGGUAUUCCAAGAAUGGAACGCAAAGGGACUAUGCGUGGGUGAAGCAGGGAAUGAUAUUUCCCUUCAUGGAAUUCAUGGACAGAUAUCAGGGGCAGACCCAGUUGUACAAGAGCAAGCCGACUGAUUUUCAGAUGGCAUUGGAGGAGGCAUUGCUGGCAGAAAACGGUAUUUUGGACGCAAACCUUGGGGCUGCGCAAAUGGCUAAUCCGGAUACAAAUCUCAAUGGGAUCCAAGAGGCCACUGUAAAUUUGGACCAGAAAUAUUACUCUCAGAAUCAGGAUGAAUGCUAUAAGGAUACACGACCCUGUGAUGGCUGUGGUUUGUUUCUGCCAUGCAAAACUAUGAAGAAAUUGAAGGGCUCAACAUAUGAAACCCUGCUUCUGUGUAAACAUUGUGCUAAGUUACGAAAAUCUGGGCAAUACUGUGGCAUUUGCAAGAAGACUUGGCACCAUUCAGAUGGCGGGAAUUGGGUGUGUUGUGAUGGUUGUAAUGUUUGGGUGCAUGCUGAGUGUGACAAUAUUUCCAGCAAACUAUUCAAGGAUCUGGAGAACAUUGAUUACUAUUGCCCAGAUUGCAAAGCAAAGUCCAAUCACGAAUCAUCAGCUUUAGAAAAAUGCCAGCGAAAAAUGAACAGGUCUGUAGAAAAUGGUAGACAAACUGUUCUGCCUGAGAAGGUAACUGUGGUGUGCAAUGGGAUGGAAGGAACAUACAUUCCAAAACUUCAUUUAAUUAUGUGCAACUGCGGUGCAUGCGAGUCGAAGAAGUAUACACCUAGUGAAUGGGAACGGCACACAGGUUGCAGAGCCAAAAAGUGGAAGUAUAGUGUGAAAGUGAAGGGAACAAUGCUGCCACUAGAAAAAUGGAUUGCAGAGUAUAAUGCGCAUGGUAACGUGCAUAGUAUGGAUCCUCUGAAGUUAGAUAAGCAGCACUUACUUGCUAUUUUGCAAGAUACAUAUGUGCCUGUUCAUGCAAAAUGGACAACAGAAAGAUGUGCUAUUUGUAGAUGGGUGGAAGAUUGGGAUGAUAACAAAAUUAUUAUCUGCAACAGAUGCCAAAUAGCUGUCCACCAAGAGUGCUAUGGGGCAAAAUCUGUUCAGGAUUUUACUUCAUGGGUUUGUAGAGCUUGUGAAUCACCUGAUGUCAAAAGAGAGUGUUGCCUCUGUCCUGUACAAGGUGGUGCUCUGAAGCCAACUGAUGUUGAGACGCUGUGGGUUCAUGUUACAUGUGCUUGGUUCCGGCCAGAAGUUGGUUUUUCAAAUCAUGAGAAAAUGGAACCUGCUGUGGGAAUCCUUAGAAUUCCGUCUAAGUCAUUUUUGAAGUCUUGUGUAAUCUGCAAGCAGAUUCAUGGUUCCUGCACACAGUGCUGCAAGUGUGCUACUCAUUUUCAUGCGAUGUGUGCGUCAAGAGCAGGAUAUAGCAUGGAAUUGCAUUGCUCAGAAAAGAAUGGGACACAAAAAACCAAAAAGUUGAUAUAUUGUGCAGUUCACAGGGUCCCAAACCCUGAUGCUGUUGUAGUUGUUCAUACUCCUUUGGGGGUUUUCUCUGCCAGAAGUGUGGAGAACCAGACGGGGUGUUUCAGGGGUUCAAGGCUGAUUUCAUUGAAGAAAACUGAAGUUCCUGAAUCUUCAACCAUAGAGAUUAAUGAGUUUGAGCCACUCUCUGCUGCAAGAUGCCGUGUUUUCAAAAGAUCAAACAACAAGAGGGCUGAAGGGCAGCCAGUAUUCCACCGAUUGAUGGGGCCAAGCCAUCAUUCUUUAGAUGCAAUUAGUAGCUUGAGCACAAAUAAUGAAGUAGAAGAUCCUAAGAUUUUCACUUCAUUCAAGGAACGGCUUCACCACUUACAGAGAACUGAAAAUCAUCGGGUUUGCUUUGGUAAAUCUGGUAUACAUGGAUGGGGUCUCUUUGCACGUAGGAAUAUUCAAGAAGGAGAAAUGGUUGUUGAGUAUCGUGGUGAGCAGGUCAGGCGCAGUGUUGCAGAUCUGAGGGAGGCAAAGUAUGGAUCAGAAAGCAAAGAUUGUUACCUUUUCAAGAUAAGCGAGGAAGUAGUAAUCGAUGCCACAAAUAAAGGGAAUGUAGCACGUUUAAUCAACCAUUCGUGCAUGCCCAACUGCUAUGCGAGGAUCAUGAGUUUCGGUGAUGAGGAGAGCAGGAUAGUUCUUAUUGCUAAGACUAAUGUUUCUGCUGGUGAAGAACUAACGUAUGACUACUUAUUUGAUCCGGAUGAGCGCGAUGAAUUGAAAGUUCCUUGCGUGUGUGGAGCUCCCAAUUGUAGGAAAUUCAUGAAUUAAAUUGCACAUUCUUUAUUUCUAUUGUCUCCGCAAGGAGCGCUGAUCCAUUUCCUAACCAACGAGGGAUUAAUUCUUUUUCCUAGGGAGCUCGUCAUUUUUUUUCACCCGUAUAUGUAACGAUUUACUCACAAUAAAAUGUAAAUUCACCAGCUUUUUGGUUGGUGCCAUUUUUCCAAAUAAUUGCGUAUCAUCUUUGUAAUAUUUA